GCAGCAACACAGCCGCAGGAAGCAUGGAGUGAGAGGAAGCAGGCUCUCUGACAAGUAAUUCUCUGAUUUGGGAUCGGGAACCCUGUCCUCAGCAUCUACCAGGCUUGAAGAGGAUUCCUACUCCCUUCAAUUAGAUUUUAGGUUUUCAGUUUUCCAUGGCUUCUCUGAGGCAAGCACUGAGGGCAGCAGCUUUCCACCCUCUCCCAUGGAGACCUCAACUCCGGCCCCUGAGUACUCCCAAAGGUCCUACAACUGAAAAGAAUGUGCCUUACCAGCGGACUUUGAAGGAGGAAAAAGACUCUGUGGGCUCAGGACCCACUCGGCCUCUGCCCAACUCAGCUGAUGUGGUGGUCGUGGGAGGGGGCAGCCUGGGCUGUCAGACCCUGUACCAUCUGGCCAAGCUGGGCCUGACCAACAUUGUGCUGUUGGAAAGAGAUAAGCUCACUUCAGGAACCACCUGGCAUACUGCAGGUCUGCUGUGGCAGCUUCGACCCAGUGAUGUGGAAGUGGAGCUCCUGGCUCAUACACGUCAGGUGGUGAGCCAUGACCUGCAGGAGGAGACAGGACUGCACACUGGCUGGAUCCAAAAUGGGGGGCUCUUCAUCGCCUCCAACCGCCAGCGAUUGGAUGAGUACAAACGCCUCAUGUCGCUUGGCAAAGCCUAUGGAAUAGAGUCCCAUGUCUUGACUCCAGAAGAGACCAAGAAACUAUACCCUCUGAUGAACGUGGAUGACCUCUAUGGUACUCUCUAUGUCCCCCAUGAUGGCACUAUGGACCCUGCAGGCACUUGUACCACUCUCACUAGAGCAGCCACUGCCCGGGGAGCCCAGGUCAUUGAGAACUGCCCAGUGACUGGCAUUCAGGUGCGAACAGAUGACUUUGGUGUACGGCGGGUGUCGGCAGUAGAUACUGACUAUGGCUCCAUCCAGACUCCCUGUGUGGUCAACUGUGCAGGUGUGUGGGCCAGCACCUUGGGGAAGAUGGCCGGAGUGAAGGUGCCACUGGUGGCCAUGCAUCAUGCCUAUGUGGUCACUGAGCGCAUUGAAGGAAUCCAGAACAUGCCCAAUGUUCGGGAUCAUGAUGCUUCUGUCUAUCUCCGUCUCCAAGGGGAUGCUCUCUCUGUAGGAGGUUAUGAGUCCAACCCAAUCUUCUGGGAAGAGGUAUCUGAUAAAUUUGCCUUUGGACUUUUUGACCUGGACUGGGAUGUGUUUACCCAGCACAUCGAAGGUGCCAUUAACCGAGUCCCAAUACUGGAGAAAACAGGGAUUAAAUCUACUGUAUGUGGCCCUGAAUCCUUUACAGCUGAUCACAAGCCCCUGAUGGGGGAGGCACCUGAGCUUCGGGGAUUCUUUCUGGGCUGUGGCUUCAACAGUGCAGGAAUGAUGCUGGGAGGUGGCUGUGGAAAGGAGCUGGCUCACUGGAUCAUCCAUGGUCGCCCAGAGAAAGACAUGUAUGGUUAUGAUAUCAGGCGCUUUCACCACUCACUCACUGACAACCGCCUUUGGAUCCGGGAGCGGAGUCAUGAAUCAUAUGCCAAGAAUUAUUCCGUUGUCUUCCCCCACGAUGAGCCACUGGCUGGCCGAAAUAUGAGAAGAGACCCUCUGCAUGAGGAACUCCUCCAUCAGGGGUGUGUAUUCCAGGAAAGGCACGGCUGGGAGAGACCUGGAUGGUUUAACCCACAGGGACCAGCUCCUAUCCUUCCUUACGACUAUUAUGGGGCAUAUGAGCACCAGCCCCACAAGGACUACAAGUAUAACAGACUGCUUGGCGAUGAAUAUACCUUCGAUUUUCCUCCUCACCAUGAAAUUAUUCAGAAGGAAUGUUUAUCCUGCAGAGAUGCGGUGGCUGUGUUUGACAUGUCCUAUUUUGGGAAAUUCUAUCUGGUCGGCCCUGAAGCCAGGAAGGCUGCAGAUUGGCUUUUCUCAGCUGAUGUCCACAAAGACCCAGGCUCCACAGUGUACACCUGCAUGCUGAAUCACCGGGGAGGCGCUGAGAGUGACCUGACAGUAAGUAGCCUAGCUCGGGACCCAGAGGCCUUUCCACUCACCCCUGCAUUUGAAGGGGAUGGCUAUUACCUAGCUGUGGGGGGAGCAGCAGCCCAGUACAACUGGUCCCACAUCACCACUGUGCUUCAGGACAAGAAGUUCAAUUGCCACCUCAUUGAUUCUUCGGAGGAGAUGGGGAUGAUUAGCAUCCAGGGACCGAAAAGUCGGGCAGUCCUUCAGGAGGUACUUGAGACAGAUUUGAGCAAUGAAGCCUUUCCCUUUUCCACUCACAAACUGGUAAAAGCUGCUGGGCACCUGGUUCGAGCCAUGAGACUGUCUUUUGUUGGUGAGAUGGGCUGGGAGCUGCACGUGCCCAAGGCAUCCUGUGUACCUGUUUACAAAGCUGUGAUGAAAGCAGGUGCCAAGCAUGGCAUUGUCAAUGCAGGCUACCGGGCAAUAGACUCCCUGAGCAUCGAGAAAGGCUACCGACACUGGCACGCAGACCUUCGCUCGGAUGAUACACCUUUGGAAGCAGGGCUGGCUUUCACCUGCAAACUGAAGUCCAGCAUUCCCUUUCUGGGGCGAGAAGUCCUAGAGAAACAGAAGGCUUCUGGUCUCUUCAGACGCCUGGUCUGUUUUACCAUUGACAAAAAGGUGCCCAUGUUUGGCCUGGAAGCCAUCUGGAGAAAUGAAAAAGUAGUUGGCCAUAUUCGAAGGGCAGAUUUUGGCUUCACUAUCAACAAAACCAUCGCCUAUGGGUACAUCCAGAACCCAGAGGGAGGUCCAGUGUCCCUGGAGUUUGUGAAGAGUGGUGAUUAUGCCCUUGAGAGGAUGGGAGUCAUCUACCCUGCUCAAGCUCAUGUGAAGUCUCCAUUUGAUCCAGAUAACAAAAGAGUAAAGGGCAUAUAUUAAGUCCAGAAGUCUCUGAUGUUGGCUGCCUAGGAAGUGGAAGUACGGGCCUGAAAAAAGAUGAUGGGAACAAGUCUACUAAUCAUUUCCAGCCAGCCAAUGACCACGCUCCUUCAACAGCCGGCUUCCACACAUUCUGUGCCUCUUCUUAACUGAGCCCGGGAAUUGCUUCUGAGUUUGCCUGCUUUUCUCUGCUUAACAACCUGAAAAAACCCAGUCUAUUGAAGAAACUAUUUUCUGUUGAUGUUUUGGAGAAAACCUUUAGAUUCAGAAUUGAGAUGAUUAGAAGUGCUACUUCCUCAAAUAUCAAAAAUCACCAAAAAUAUAUCAAAGCAAAUGAUGCUUUCCAGUUGAUCCCCAUUGAAAAAGUUUGUUCUACCAAUCAGACUGUAACUUUCUUUAGUGAAUGGACUAUGCCUUGAAUCUUCCAAAGAAACUUAAGACAGGGUAGAUCCCAUGGAAGACAUUUAGUAAAUAAUUUCAAAAAUUGAAUUGACAUUAAUCUGUGACAAAGUCAGGAUUCAGGGACCCAUGCUGCCAGGGGAAACCCAGGGGAGAUUAAAGCAGGACUUUGUUCCUAAGUCCAAAAGCCAGGCUCAUAGAAAGCCCACAGCUCUUCUAAGUAUGAUUCUGUUUGACAAUUGAAUAACCCCAGAAGACAAGCUUUCAGUUAUAGGGCUGUGCAUCUACAAAAGAUUUUCAUUUAUCAUAAGAUCUGUUCAUUGCCAGCCUUCUGGAAGGUUUUCACUUAAUGGCACUUUUCUUUAUAUUUUAUAUUCUUUAUCAUAUCAACAAAAUUCUUUCUAUGUCCAUGUCUUGUCUGCAAAUUUGAUCUGAAGAUCUUGAGGGAAAGCUCAGACUGUAUCUUUGUAUCAGUCACUCUCAGAAAGUAGCUCAGCACAGAUAACAUAAUACAUGCUCAAUAAAUAUUUGUCAAGAUGUGACAAUAA